AUGUCGGCGGCCAUCUCUGCCGCGGAGAAAGUGGAUGGCUUCACACGGAAAUCGGUGCGCAAGGCUCAGAGGCAGAAGCGCUCGCAGGGCUCCCCGGCGCCCCCCCCCCCCCCCCCCCCCCGCCGCCUCUCCUGGCUUGUCCCCCUUCCCCCCUUAAAAGAUGCCACCUUCAAUGAACAACAAGAUCUCUUUUGUCAGAAGUUGCAACAGUGUUGUGUACUCUUUGACUUCAUGGACUCUGUUUCAGACCUGAAAAGCAAAGAAAUUAAGAGAGCAACGCUGAAUGAACUGGUUGAAUAUGUUUCAACAAAUCGUGGAGUGAUCGUUGAAUCAGCUUAUGCUGACAUAGUGAAAAUGAUUACUUCUAAUAUUUUCAGAAUACUUCCACCUAGCGAUAACCCAGAUUUUGAUCCAGAAGAAGAUGAACCAACUCUUGAAGCCUCGUGGCCCCACAUACAGUUGGUGUAUGAAUUUUUCCUGAGGUUUUUGGAGAGCCCAGAUUUUCAGCCUAGCAUUGCGAAGCGAUAUAUUGACCAGAAAUUUGUACAGCAGUUGUUGGAGCUCUUUGAUAGUGAAGACCCACGAGAACGUGAUUUCCUAAAGACAGUUCUUCAUCGAAUUUAUGGAAAAUUCCUCGGUUUAAGAGCAUUCAUCAGGAAACAGAUUAACAACAUUUUCCUCAGGUUUAUAUAUGAAACAGAGCACUUCAAUGGUGUUGCUGAACUUCUUGAGAUAUUAGGAAGUAUUAUCAAUGGUUUUGCACUGCCACUGAAAGCAGAACACAAACAGUUCCUUAUGAAAGUUCUGAUUCCCAUGCAUACUGCAAAGGGAUUAGCUUUGUUUCAUGCACAGCUCGCCUAUUGUGUCGUACAGUUCCUGGAAAAAGAUACAACUUUAACAGAGCCUGUAAUCAGAGGACUGCUCAAAUUUUGGCCAAAAACUUGCAGUCAGAAAGAGGUAAUGUUUUUAGGUGAAAUUGAAGAAAUCUUAGAUGUAAUAGAACCGACACAAUUCAAAAAAAUAGAAGAGCCUUUAUUUAAGCAAAUAUCCAAGAGUGUGUCAAGUUCACAUUUUCAGGUUGCAGAAAGAGCUUUGUACUUCUGGAAUAAUGAAUAUAUUCUUAGCCUGAUUGAGGAGAACAUUGAUAAAAUUUUACCAAUUAUGUUUGGCAGUUUAUACAAGAUCUCCAAAGAACACUGGAAUCAAACUAUCGUGGCACUGGUGUAUAACGUGCUGAAAACCCUGAUGGAAAUGAAUGGCAAGCUUUUUGAUGAACUUACAAGCUCAUAUAAAGCUGAAAGGCAAAGAGAGAAAAAGAAAGAAUUGGAGCGCGAAGAGUUGUGGAGAAAGCUAGAGGAGUUAAAGCUGAAGAAGGCUAUGGCAGAAAAGCAGAACAGCACCCACAAUGUGCUAAAUGCACACAAUACAAGUGCCAAAUAAAAGAAGUGACCGCCUCUACGCGGCAGACGUACUUUUUUGUACCCUUUUGAAAUACAUGAGCGUUUGCAGAAGAAACCUCAUCGGUA